GUUCCUGUAAAUUGCCGCAUGAUGCCAUACAAGGGAGAUGGUUGUUAAUGAUGCAACGAUUUUCUGGCAUUUAGUUUCUCACUGAAGAAAUUCUUUCUUUUCCCGAAAGAGGAAUUCUCAUUUUGGUCAUACAAAACGUGAUCUGCUGACGAGCAACGUUAUCUGCUUUUGCUAAAGAAAUCCUGGGGAAGAAAAGUGUUUUUUUAAACACUGGAGGCGUGAUCUAUGGGAAUAAGACUGAGCGGAACCCGAGCUCGGCGAAGGACGAUGCUGAGUUUGAGCUGGGAAUUGGAAGUCUAGAUUUUCCAACUUUCUACUUCUUCAUUUCUGUCUCUCGCCUGCAAUUUGAUACACCAAUCCUGGACUCCAAAGAGUUAAAGAUGACAAGGGAACAAUAUAUCUUGGCAACGCAACACAACAACCUACAGAGACCUGAAAAUCAACAAGUUUAUCAAGUAGGAAUUUAUGGUUGGCGAAAGCGGUGGCUAUACUUUUUUGUGCUCCUCCUAAUGGUGACAAUGAUUGUCAAUCUUGCAUUGACAAUAUGGAUAUUGAAAGUAAUGAAAUUCUCUGUGGAUGGAAUGGGUAACCUGAAAAUCACAAAUAAAGGGGUACGGCUGGAAGGCAAAUCCGAGUUCCUCCUUCCAUUAUACAUCAAAGAAGUUCACUCACGAAAGGACAGCCCACUGAUGUUGCAAUCUGACAGAAAUGUAACCGUGAAUGCUCGCAAUAACCUUGGACAGAUUACUGGGCAACUGACAGUUGGUUCUAAUGCUGUGGAGGCCCAGUGCAGAAAAUUUGAAGUGAAAGCACAGGAUGGCAAGAAGGUACUGUUUUCUGCAGAUGAAAGUGAAAUUGCCAUUGGCGUUGACAAACUGCGUGUGACAGGUCCAGAAGGUGCAGUGUUUGAACAAUCAGUGGAAACACCUCAUAUCAGAGCUGAAUCCUCACAAGAACUCAAGUAA